CGCUACAUGAACACACACACCGGGUCUCAUGCAGCGAGGAGACCCGCAGGAGUUUUAGCCCAGAUUGGAGAAAGGACAUAGCGAGUGACCGUCAUGGCAGCGUCGGAGCUGUACACAAAGUGUGCUCGGGUGUGGAUCCCCGAUGCAGAGGAGGUGUGGAAGUCCGCCGAGCUGACAAAGGACUACAAAAAUGGCGACGCCUCCCUGCAGCUCAUGCUGGAAGAUGGAACGAGCCUUGAGCACAAACUGGACCCCAAGACGAAGAACCUGCCUUACCUGCGAAACCCCGACAUCCUGGUGGGCGAGAACGACCUCACAGCGCUCAGCUACCUCCACGAGCCGGCCGUCCUGCACAACCUCAAAGUCCGCUUCGUCGACUCCAAGCUCAUCUACACUUACUGCGGCAUCGUUCUGGUGGCCAUCAACCCGUACGAGACGCUGCCGAUCUACGGCUCAGACAUCAUCAACGCCUACAGCGGUCAGAACAUGGGAGACAUGGACCCACACAUCUUCGCCGUGGCAGAGGAGGCUUACAAACAGAUGGCCAGGGAUGAGAGGAACCAGUCUAUCAUUGUGAGCGGGGAGUCCGGAGCAGGAAAGACGGUAUCAGCCAAAUACGCCAUGAGAUACUUUGCUACGGUUAGCGGCUCCGCCAGCGAGGCCAACGUAGAGGAGAAAGUCUUGGCUUCCAACCCCAUCAUGGAGGCCAUUGGAAACGCAAAGACCACCCGAAAUGACAACAGCAGUCGCUUCGGAAAAUACAUCGAGAUCGGCUUCGACAACCGCUUCCGAAUCAUCGGCGCCAACAUGAGAACAUAUCUGCUGGAGAAAUCACGAGUGGUGUUUCAGGCUGACGAGGAGAGGAAUUAUCAUAUCUUCUACCAGCUCUGUGCUUCAUCCCAUCUGCCUGAGUUCAAGACUCUGAAGCUGAGCAGUGCAAAUGACUUCCUGUACACCAGGCAGGGCCGCAGCCCCGUUAUCGACGGCGUGGACGACACGAAGGAACUUUGCACCACUCGCAAUGCUUUCACCCUGCUUGGCAUCAAUGAGUCCUAUCAGAUGGGGUUGUUCCAGGUUUUGGCUGCUAUUCUUCAUCUGGGAAACGUGGACAUAAAGGACAGAGACUCAGACAGCAGCGUCAUUGCUCCCAACAAUCGGCACCUGACGGCAUUCUGCGAGUUGGUAGGCGUGACCUACCAGGACAUGUCUCAGUGGCUGUGCCACAGGAAGCUGAAGACGGCCACAGAGACCUAUAUCAAGCCCCUCCCACGCCUGCAGGCCACCAACGCCCGUGACGCGCUGUCCAAACAUAUCUACGCCAAGCUCUUCAACUGGAUUGUGGAGCACGUUAAUAAAGCCCUUAUCACCAAUGUCACACAGCACUCCUUCAUCGGGGUCCUGGACAUCUACGGGUUUGAGACAUUUGAGAUCAACAGCUUCGAACAGUUCUGUAUCAACUACGCUAAUGAGAAACUCCAGCAGCAGUUCAACAUGCAUGUGUUCAAGCUGGAGCAGGAGGAGUACAUGAAGGAGCAGAUCCCCUGGACCCUGAUCGACUUCUAUGACAAUCAGCCCUGCAUCAACCUCAUAGAAGCCAAAAUGGGCAUCCUGGACCUGUUGGACGAGGAGUGCAAGAUGCCAAAAGGUUCGGAUGACUCGUGGGCUCAGAAACUCUACAACACCCACCUGAAGACCUGCUCACUCUUCGAGAAGCCGCGCAUGUCCAACCGCGCCUUCAUCAUCCAACACUUUGCCGACAAGGUGGAAUACCAGUGUGAAGGUUUCCUGGAGAAGAACAAAGACACAGUGAAUGAAGAACAGAUCAAUGUGCUGAAGGCCAGCAAGUUUGACCUGCUGGUGGAGCUGUUCCAGGAUGAGGAGAAAGCUACCAGCCCCACAGGUCAGGCCCCCGGCACCGGAGGCCGGACCCGUCUCAGCGUCAAACCUGACAAGAGCCGGCAGAAGAGCAGCAAGGAGCACAAGAAGACCGUCGGCUGCCAGUUUCGUAACUCUCUGCAAAUGCUGAUGGAGACUUUGAACGCAACCACUCCACACUAUGUUCGCUGCAUCAAACCCAAUGACUUCAAGAUGGCCUUCUCGUUUGAUCCCAAACGUGCAGUGCAGCAGCUCAGAGCCUGCGGUGUCCUGGAAACCAUCCGCAUCUCUGCUGCAGGUUUCCCAUCCAGAUGGACGUACCAGGAGUUCUUCAGCCGUUACAGAGUGCUGAUGAAGCAGAAGGACGUGUUACCUGACAAGAAGCUGACCUGCAGGAAUGUUAUGGAGAAACUAGUGCAGGACCAGGAUAAAUACCAGUUCGGUAAGACCAAGAUCUUCUUCAGGGCCGGCCAGGUAGCCUACCUGGAGAAGUUGAGGGCGGACAAGUUGCGCGCCGCCUGCAUUCGUAUCCAGAAAACCAUCCGCUGCUGGCUGGCACGCAAGAAGUAUCUGCGCAAGCGCAGCGCCGCCAUCACCAUCCAGAGGUUCACCAGAGGGUACCAGGCUCGCUGCCUGGCCAAGUUCAUGCGUCGCACUCAGGCGGCCACCGUCAUCCAGAAGUACCAGAGGAUGUACAUGGAGAAGAAACGCUACAGGCAGAAGCAGGCCGCCGCUCUGGCCAUGCAGACGAUCCUGAGAGCUUACAUGGCCCGACAGAAGUACCAGGCGUUACUGCGGGAGCACAAGAUGGUGAUCAUUCAGAAGCGCGUCCGUGGCUGGUUGGCUCGGUGCUGGUACAAGCGCUGCCUCGUCUCCAUCGUCUACCUGCAGUGCUGCAUCCGCAGGAUGAGGGCCAGGCGAGAGCUGAAGAAGCUGAAGAUCGAGGCUCGCUCGGUGGAGCACUUCAAGAAGCUCAACAAAGGCAUGGAGAACAAGAUCAUGCAGCUGCAGAGGAGAAUCGACGAGCAGAGCAAGGACAACCGGUCGGUCAACGAGAAGCUAGUCAGUCUGGAGAAUUCGUACACAGCAGAGAGCGAGCGGAUGCGCGGCGAGCUGAGCCGGCUGCGCGGGGUGGAGGAGGAGGCCAGGAACAAAAGCAACCAGGUGUCCUCGCUGCUGGAGGAGCUGGAGAGGCUGAGGAAGGAGCUGAGCGCCACACAGCAGGAGAAGAAGACCAUCGAGGACUGGGCACAAACCUACAGGGACGAAAUGGAGAAAAUGGUCUCGGAGCUGAAGGAUCAGAAUGGCUCGCUGAAGAAAGACAAGGACGACUUGAACAGGUUGAUUCAGGAACAGAGUCAGCAGAUGACAGAGAAAAUGGCUCGUGCGAUCGCACAGGAGACUCAGCAGCUGGAGACGGAUCUGAACGAGGAGCGAUCUCGCUACCAGAAUCUCCUGACAGAACACCUUCGCCUCGAGGAGAAGUACGACGACCUGAAGGAGGAGAUGGUUUCCUCGAACGUGUCCAAGCCUGGCCACAGGAGAACAGACUCCACCCACAGCAGCAACGAAUCAGAGUACACCUACAACUCCGAGUACGCCGAAUUGGAAGAAGGUUCCCGCGCCACCGAAGAUGUGACGCGAGGAAUGGACACCUCGCUGACCCUCAAGCUGCAGAAACGACUCACAGAACUGGAGCAGGAAAAGCAGUCGCUGCGCAACGAGCUGGAAAACAAAGAGGAGCAGUUCCAGCGGGCUAGAGCGAGGGAUGACGCAGAGUUUAAAAAGGCUCGUGGUGCAGAGCUGGAGUACGAGUCCCUGAAGCGUCAGGAGCUGGAGUCAGAGAACAAGAAGCUGAAACAUAACCUGGUGGAGAUGAGGCAAAGCCUGCUGGGUGACGCAGCUACAGGCGCCGGGGCCCCGGGCUCCCCAGCUUACAAGGUGCUCCUGGAGCAGCUGAACUCGGCCUGUGAGGAGCUGGACGUCCGCAAGGAGGAGGUGCUGAUCCUGCGCUCACAGCUGGUCAGCCAGAAGGAAGCCAUGCACCACAAGGAGACCAUGACCGAGCCGUCUGUCUACGCUGAAGAUGUGUCCAAACUGAAGGACGCUGACGAACUAAAGCAAGCUUGCAUUGGCCUCAAAGACACCAACAGGCUGCUGGAGCACCAGCUGCAGACUGAGCGGAGAGCUUACAAUAACGAGGUGGAGGCGUUGCGCGGCGAGCUGCAGAAUGCAAAGGAGGAGAACAACCGUCAGCAGCAGCUCUUGGCCCAAAACCUCCAGCUGCCUCCAGAGGCCCGAAUCGAAGCCAGUCUGCAGCACGAGAUCACCCGACUCACCAACGAGAACCUGGAACUCUUGGCUGAAGAUCCCACAGCGUCCCAAGAGGCUCGAGUCAUCAUUUUACGGCGGAUGGUUGAUCUGAUGGAGCAGCUGGAGAAGCAGGACCGAACCAUCCGCAAGCUCAAGAAGCAGCUGAAGGUUUACUCCAAGAGGAUUGGAGAGAUGGGAGCUGGUCAAACGGAGGGACAGACGUCUCCAGGACAGAUGGUGGACGAGCCGAUCCACCCUGUCAACAUUCCCCGCAGGGAGAAAGAUUUCCAGGGGAUGCUGGAGUACAAGAAGGAGGAUGAGCUCAAACUGGUCAAGAACCUCAUCCUGGAGCUGAAGCCUCGCGGUGUAGCCGUGAAUCUGAUCCCAGGUCUGCCGGCCUACAUCCUGUUCAUGUGUCUGAGACACGCAGACUAUGUCAACGAUGACCAGAAGGUCCGCACUCUACUCACCUCAACCAUCAACAGUAUUAAGAAGAUCCUGAAGAAACGAGGAGACGACUUUGAGACGGUUUCCUUUUGGCUGGCGAACACCUGCCGCUUCUUACACUGUCUGAAACAGUACAGUGGAGACGAGGCCUUCAUGAAGCACAACACACAGAGGCAGAAUGAACACUGUCUGUCCAACUUCGACCUGGCAGAGUACAGACAGGUGAUCAGUGACUUGGCCAUCCAGAUCUACCAGCAGCUGAUCAAAUGCAUGGAGAACAUCCUCCAGCCCAUGAUAGUCUCUGGCAUGCUGGAACACGAGACCAUCCAGGGCGUUUCGGGGGUGAAGCCCACAGGUCUCCGCAAGCGGACGUCUAGCAUCGCCGACGAGGGCACCUACACCCUGGACUCUAUCCUGCGGCAGCUCAGCGCCUUCCACUCCACCAUGUGCCAGCACGGCACCGACCCCGAGCUCAUCAAGCAGGUGGUGAAACAGCAGUUCUACAUCAUCGGAGCCGUCACCCUCAACAACCUGCUGCUGCGCAAGGACAUGUGCUCCUGGAGCAAAGGCAUGCAGAUCAGGUACAAUGUGAGCCAGCAGGAGGAGUGGCUCAGAGACAAAGGUUUGAUGACAUGUGGAGCCAAGGAGACUCUGGAGCCUCUGAUCCAGGCCGCUCAGCUGCUGCAGGUGAAGAAAAAGACUGACGAGGACGCUGAGGCCAUCUGCUCCAUGUGCCAGGCCCUCACCACUGCUCAGAUCGUGAAGGUCCUGAACCUCUACACUCCAGUCAACGAGUUUGAGGAGAGAGUGUCGGUUGCUUUCAUACGAACCAUACAGACUCGCUUGCGAGACCGUUGUGAGAGUCCCCAGUUGUUGAUGGACACGAAGAUGAUUUAUCCCGUCACUUUCCCGUUCAGCCCGUCCUCCCUCGCCCUAGAAACCAUCCAGAUUCCCAGCUCACUCAACUUGGGGUUCCUCACCCGCGUUUAGAGAGCUGCCAGUUUCAAACACGGUAUCCAGUUCUCUUAUGAAAUCCCUGGUCUGAACACGCAUACAAGCAAAAUUACACACACAAACACAUGCUGAACUGUCAUCAUGCAUCUGUACAAUACUUCCAUCCUCUGAACGUACACAUGCACGCCUACACCCACGUGCACCUUCUCUCUUACUAAACGCACAAAUGCACCCAAACAUCCGCAGUCGCCGCCGCUGGUUUAAAUCUGGCUGUAAAACGUCACCACCUGUCCACCGCUUGUAUAAACGCCUGCCUCUUAGAGAAGCCACAGGACCAGAUCAACGGCAUCACAUUAAAGUGCGAGACGAGAAGAAGAAGCCACAACAACAGGCAAGAUGGAUUCUCAUGGAUGGAGCACACACAAAACACGCUGUCUGAUUAUCAUUUGGGCCGAAGAGUAAAUGGAAAUGAUUUAUGUAUUUAUUGGAUAUAGAGCCGGGGGAAGUGAGAUCCAGUCACAAGAGGUCCUUUAAGACGCAUGUGGAGAUGCAAUCUAAAGCCAGGUGUGAACUGACGUACUCAGAGCUGCCCACUUGUCAUCGGAUUGCCCAAAAAUCAUGUUAAUGCCAGGUGUAAACAGGGCCAAAAAGUCCUCGUCUGUCUGCAUUCACAUUGUCCUCGCUGCUUCCUGUUUAGCCAUUUGCUCAUUUACUUCCUGCUGUGCCAUUAUUAUUAAAAAUUAACCAAGUUUCCCUCGUGCCCUCAUGUGAACCUUAUUUUUGUCUCAUGACCUUACCCUUUUAAAAAGAUAUUUCACUUUGAUAGAAUAUUUUCUUUUUUUUAAGGUGCUUGCAUAUAAGAUUGUGAAUGGUCACUGAAACUAGACUUUUUGAUUUAAUGUUUAAUUAAGCCAAACAAGAAUAAAAACACAGGAAUGAUCAAUUAAACACAUAGACAUAGAUAAGAGACUAUAAGUAAAUUAAUAAAAGCAUAUAGUAUCUCAUCAAGUAUCACACAAGUAGUGAUACACAAGUGACAAAAUACAAACAAAAGCCAGAGUGUCAUGUCUUAAUGAUGAUAAUUUAGAGGCUAAAGAAAAGAGAUGCGUCUUAGGAUGGGUUGUGAGCUUAUCAGUGGAGGGGGAAGAUCGUCCACCUUUGGUUUUUAACUGGGUGCAGGGAAUGGAGAGCAGUAAUUGGUCACCAGACCUGAGGGGGCUGAGUAGUUUUGAGAUGGAACCUGGCACAAGUCCAUGCAGUGCGUUAAAAGCAAAUAAACGAGUCUUAAAAUUAAUUUUGUACUUCACUGGUAACCAGCGAGGAAAGGCUAACACAGGAGAGAUAUGGUGUCUCCUCCUGGUACCAGUGAGGAGUCUCGCUGCUGCAUUUUGAGCCAACUGCAGCAGAGAUGAUGUCGACUGACUGAUUCCUGCAUAGAGAAACCUGCAGUAGUCGAAGCGAGAGGAAAUAAAAGUCUCCAAAUCUUCAACAGACAGAAUGAUUUAAAUUUAGCAAGUGCUCUAGGAUGGUAGGAGCUAGUGCUGACAACAGAGUUGAUUUGUUUCUCAAAUGUUAAUUAAGAUUGGUUGCAAAUUGUCUGCUGGGCCGGGUGCUAGGACCUCAAUUUUAUUCUGGUUUAGCUGAGGGAAGCUUUUUGCCAUCCAGGAUUUUACAUCCUCAGUCCAAUUUUAAACGGAGUUAACACUGUAUGGAUCGCAAGGUUUCAGCAGGAGGUACAGUUGGGUGUCGUCGUCCUAACAAUUGUAGGAGAAGUUAUAUUUUGUAAAAAAUAUACCCCUAAGGAAGAAUACAUUGAGAAAACAGAAUGGGGCCUAACAUGGAGUCUUGUGGUACUCCACAAGAAAUGGAUGCACAAGGAAAGGACAUGUUAUCAGUUCUUACAGAGGCUGAUCAUUCUUGGAGGUAGGAGGCUAACCACUGACAGGCCUGUCCCUGAAUGCAACAUGUUGAAGUAUGUCUGUGGAGAUUCUCAUUCAUCCAGGUCAUGGUACAUCUUAGAAGUUACAUGUUGAAGAAGGUGCAGGAGGGUGGAAUUAUCAACAUUGUCGAAGGAAGCCAAGAGAUCUAAAUUAAUUAACAUAGCUCAAUUAUCUGAAUCUGAAGACAAGAUCAAAUCAUUUGUCACCCUGAGGACAGCAGACUCUGUGCUAUGGUGUGUCCUAAAACAUGACUGACAUGUUCAAUGUGCUAAAUUUGUCCAAGAAGGAAAUGAGUCGAGAGAAAACUAUUUUGUCAAGAUGUUUGGAUAUGCAGAGCUUUGAGAUUGGUUGGUGAUUAUUAGGAUCAGGCAGAUCAAAGUUUCAUCAGAAUGAAGAAAGCUGGUGAGGACAGAGGGGAUUGACCUGAACUCUGCAGGAUCGUAGGAGGGCAGUGAGACCUGAGAAGUUACGGUGUACAUUUAGCUAAUAAUGAAUUUUAGAAAAUCUCACAGGUAUCUGGUGUUGCUUCAGGAUGAAUUGUGACUGCAGGGUUGAGGACUGUAUUUAUUGUUUUAAAUGAAACUUUUAUCUUUUUUGUAUUUAUGCUCUGCUCUCCUGCAUUCCUGCAUUCCUGGAGUUAAACCAGGGCUGAGUAGAGUGGGCAACUAAGUAGAGAAUAUUAGUGCAAUUGCAACUCAAUAUUGGGACCAGAUCUUCUGUGCCCAGACCAUCAGGGGAAGCAUUAAUGGGAUCAGAGAUCAAAUCUAAAAAUGAUGCUGACCAACCAAGGAAGCGCAAAUCAAAAUAUUUUUGCAUGACUGAGAGCCGGGGAAAUAUGAGUAAACCGGUGAAGAUGCAGUACAUGCUGAAAAAGAAAAGUAUUCUACUGAGGUGAAGUGUCUCAUUAAGCACCACAUUAAGCAGACCACUCUCACUCUGACAGGAACGAGCUACAGAUGAAAAGUGGAGUAAAUUGAGUAUGUGAUGUUUUGUGUUGCACUUGUAUUUGAAAAGACUUUGAUAUCCAUAUGCUCUCAUGGGGACCACAUGUUAUCAAUCUGCCUUUAGUUAUAUAUUUUGGAUAAAUAGAUAGUUUAAAGUAUGGUCUGUGUAAAGAGUACAUAUCUGCAGGUUGUGAAGAAAGACGGUCACUGAAGGAAUUAAGUAACCAUAUGAAUGUUAAAAAUUGUUAAUAAAGUGUAUCAUGAUUUAACUGCACAUUGUGGACAAAAGCCUUAUCUGAUUUAUUUGCUAUCUGAAUGACUUACACACAUAAUCAAUGUUGUGGCAUUGUUUGGUUCUGUCAGUAUUUGUUUUUUUUUCCCACUGUAAACUGAAUAGAAAUUGUUAAAUGUGAUCAUUUUUAUGUUGAUAAGGUGUCCCGUUGUCAUACAGUUGGUGUCAAAGAUAGGUUGCACUGCUUAGCCAUAAGUCCAAAUGCACUUUUUAGAUACUGCUGAGGAGGUCAAAGAUGGAUGUGAACUGUAAAAAGAGAAUUUCACAUUUAAUAGCCUGUCUUCGUUUGAUUCCCACCACCUUUACUGGACUGUGGCCCAUUGAGCUUCCUCUACCACAUUCACUUCCUUAAUAAAACCGCUAGGAAAAUCACUGGUUAAUUAGUAAUUAAUGCAAGCCCCAGGUGACUCAGUCAGACUAUCCUUGAGAGUGCUCUGCCUCUGGGGAGGCUGGCCUAGUUUCAGAGGAGGAAAAAAAACCCCACAUUCAUUCAUUGAUGGUAUUGUUGAGCAAAGCUGCAGCUUCUUGUUCCUCUGGGCUUCUCUUGGGCUCUCAAACAGGAGAAAAUGUCAUUCCUCCCCUCUGCGUUUUUACACUAAGGAGAAAGUUGGUUGUGCGAUAUGACGUAGACAUUAUAAAUGACCAUUGUUGCCAUUUUAAAAAUUGUUAUCUCAUCACUCCAGCUGUUGUGGUACUGGUGUGAACAUGCUGAAGCCAGUCCCAAAUGUUCCCUCUCUGACCCAUGUGUACAUUUGACAAACUGGACUGUUUGUAGUUUCUGAUAGCUGUGCUUAGUGAAUGUGUUCACCGUUAAGAAACUAAGAAACU